CUCGACCGUGUUUCUCCUCCUGAUCUCCGCGCACACAAUCUCCGCUAAACCAAGAAAUAAAACACACGCGCUCUCUCUCUCUCUUAUUCAACAGACGCUCCGUUUCCAGCGCCGGGAAUAAAGCUUCAUCCACGUUUGGACUCUUUGUCUCGCAGUUGUCCGCUUUUAUUUUAUUUGCCCCUCUCUGUGAAGGUUCAAGGUGUUUAAUAUGAUGUUCAUGUAUGUUCUGAUGCGCGCUGGCUUUGGAUUAUUCAGCGUCGCUCUGAUCGCCUUUGUCCAGCAGCCAGCCGGCGCUUCUGCCAGCAGAAACCCGCAAGAUGUGGACGAGUGCGCCGAGGCCCUGGACAGCUGCAGUAUGGAUGCCAUCUGUCAGAACACCCUCAAGUCAUACAAAUGCAUCUGCAAAUCAGGAUACAAAGGCGACGGGAAGCACUGUGAAGAUAUCGAUGAGUGUGCCAGUGAAUAUAAUGGAGGAUGUGUUCACGAGUGCAUCAACAUCCCGGGAAACUACAGAUGCACGUGCUACGACGGCUUUCGUUUGGCCCACGAUGGACACAACUGUCUGGAUGUUGACGAGUGCGCGGAAGGAAACGGUGGAUGCCAGCAGAUCUGUGUUAACAUGAUGGGGAGUUACGAGUGUCGGUGCCGUGACGGAUUUCUUCUGUCCGACAACCAGCACACCUGCAUCCAGAGACCCAAAGUGCGUUUUAAUGGAACUAAAGACGUGCCCACCUGCAUGGAUAAAAAUCAUGGCUGUGCCCACAUUUGCAGAGAGACGCCCAAAGGAAGCAUCGCCUGUGAGUGCAGACCUGGAUUUCAGCUCACCAAGAACAGCCGUGACUGUAAAUCUGAUCCUGUCCUGACUGCUGCUCUGUGUGUGUGUGUGCGUGUGUUUUCAGAGACGUGUGCGGUUAAUAACGGAGGCUGUGACAGCACGUGCCAUGACGCCGUGACUGGAGUUCGCUGCAGCUGCCCGGUGGGAUUCACCCUACAGCUGGACCGCAAGACCUGCAAAGAGACGUGUGCGGUUAAUAACGGAGGCUGUGACAGCACGUGCCAUGACGCCGUGACUGGAGUUCGCUGCAGCUGCCCGGUGGGAUUCACCCUACAGCUGGACCGCAAGACCUGCAAAGACAUUGAUGAAUGCCGCAUGAACAACGGCGGGUGUGACCAUGUGUGCAGAAACACGGUUGGCAGCUUCGAAUGUAGCUGCAAGAAAGGAUACAAACUUCUGACCAACGAGAGGACGUGCCAAGAUAUAGAUGAGUGUUCUUUCGACCGGGCGUGUGACCACACAUGUGUGAACUCACCUGGAAGUUUCCAGUGCUACUGCCACAAAGGUUACGUCCUCUACGGUGUGGCUCACUGUGGAGAUAUUGAUGAGUGCAGCAUUAAUCGGGGUGGCUGUAAAUUCGGAUGUGUGAACACUCCGGGCAGUUACGAGUGUACCUGCCCUCCUGGUUACAAACUGCACUGGAACAGGAAGGAUUGCAUUGAGAUUGUGAAGUGUACGUCCAGUCUGGCGGCCCCCAAAGCCACCCUUACUUGCAGUAAAAUGGGGAAGAAAGAGAGCUGCUCUCUCACUUGUGCAUCUAAAGCACAUUACCUAUCAGAAUCAGACAACAGCUAUUCUGUUAGCUGUGGAAUGCCCAUCCUACGAGGUAAAUCUCACAGCAGAUUAAACGCAAGCAGCAUCCAAAGCUGCAUAGAGACUCAGGCUCCUCCAGUGAAGCAGACGGUGUCCUUCCGGAUCAAGAAUGCCAAAUGCCACCUGCACCCAAAGCAUAAAGGGAGGGCAGAGGACAACGGCAGACAGAUCGGGCCAGGUGGCCAACCGUGCAACAACUGCCUGGUCACGUUCGUUAACCUGAAGUGCGACUCGUCUAAGAAGGCCAAAGGUCGUCGGGCACGUAACCCAUCAAGCAAAGAGGUCACGCGCAUCACUCUGGAGCUGGAGGCUGAGGUCAAGCCAGGAGAUGCCACUGGGAACUGUAACAUGAUGUGUCAAAGACAGCGUAUGGAGCAGCAGAUGAAGUCAUACAUUAAAGCCCUGAAAAAAUCCAUAAACCAGGAGCGUUUCCUCAUCCGUGUGGCUGGAUUGGAGUACGAGGUGGCACAGAAGCUCCCACAAGCUGCACUGAGGCAGGAGAACUGUGGACCGGGCCGAGAAAAAGACAGCGGCCGCUGUGUCAGAUGUUUGCCUGGGUCAUACUACCACGGUGAGCAGGAACGCUGUGUCCAGUGUCCGCCUGGAACAUUCCAGGAACGUGAAGGUCAGCUGGCCUGUGAUCUUUGUCCUGGAGGAGACCGCCAUGGCCCACAAGGGGCCCGCAACAUCACGUCAUGUGCAGGUCAAUGUCCGCCAGGUUAUUUCUCCAGUGACGGGUUCAAGCCCUGUCAGCCGUGCCCUCUGGGAACGUACCAACCCGACCCAGGACGAACUCUCUGUUUCCCCUGUGGAGGUGGGCUCGGUACCAAAAGAGAGGGUGCCAGCUCCUUUAAUGACUGUGAGGUCAAAGUGUUGUGUUCUCCAGGUCAUUAUUAUAACACCUCAGUCCAUCGCUGCAUCCGCUGUCCUCAUGGAACCUACCAGGCUGAGUUCAGACAAAACUACUGCAUCUCCUGUCCAGGAAACACCACCACAGACUUCGACGGGGCCAUCAGUGUGUCUCAAUGCAAGAAUCGGGAAUGUGGGGGUGAAAUAGGCGAGUUCAUCGGAUACAUCGAGUCUCCCAACUAUCCAGGAAACUACCCAGCCAACGUAGAGUGUAUCUGGACGAUCAACCCUCCACACAAACGCAAGAUUCUGAUCGUUGUUCCAGAGAUCUUCCUCCCAUCUGAGGAUGAGUGCGGAGAUGUCCUAGUAAUGAGGAAGAACGGAUCAGUGACCUCUAUCACCACCUAUGAAACAUGUCAGACGUAUGAGAGACCGAUCGCUUUUACCUCCCGAUCGCGCCGCCUCUGGAUCAACUUCAAAUCCAAUGAUGUAAACAGUGCUCGCGGAUUCCAGAUUCCAUACGUCACUUACGAUGAAGACUAUGAGCAGCUGGUUGAAGACAUUGUAAGAGAUGGAAGACUUUAUGCCUCUGAAAACCAUCAAGAAAUACUCAAGGACAAAAAACUGAUUAAAACCCUGUUUGAUGUGCUGGCUCACCCAAACAAUUACUACAAGUACUCAACUCGGGACUCCACAGAGAUGCUCCCACGUUCAUUCAUACGCCUCAUCCACAGCAAAGUCUCCGCCUUCCUGCGUCCGUACAAAUAGUCCAAAAGCGCUGUCCACCUCCACACAUCUCCAGUCACCUGGCCUCGAAUCAACGGGAUCCUACACACAUUUAAAGGAAAUACACACACUCACACAUACACAUUUUCAAUGGCACACACACACAAUCACACUAUGCAGAUGUUUCACUUUACCUUUUUCUUUUCUUUUUCUUGUCAGUCAUCUCCGAGAGGAAAAAAAGCUUCUGUGUAGUCUACAUGUAAUGCAGUCGUAUCAAGCCAAACUGAAGUGUUUCCUUUCUCUACGUGUUGGUCACCAUUCUGUACUGUGUUGAUGUUUUUUUUGUUCGUACGUUUGCACGCUCAGUCCUGAGGUGUCCUGAAGAGGACGACGAUGGUUUGGGUGGUUCCCAUGCCCCCCGUUAAGAGCGACGUGUGAGUUUAAACACGCCUGAUUGUGUUGUACAGACAAAAGAAAGUUGUAGCAUGUCAAAGAAAAGAAAAUCUAUUUGUCGAACUGGAGCUAGCUGUGAUCGUGCUUUAAAAAAUAGUAUUUUUUUCCCCAAUUUCCAGCUCUUGUAAACUCGUAGUUCUCAAAAUAAAUGUACAAUCUUUUGUAUAUCUGUACUUUUAGUGUGCUCUUGGUAAGAUCUAAUUCAUAUCAAGCAUUUCACAAUGUUAAAGCAUUUUAUUUGAGCUCCUAGAGCAUACAUGUAAUCUAUAAAUCAUGCUGUUAAUACAGUAACGUUUUAUUAAGGUCUGCCUGUUCGGAUUGUAUUAUUGUCAACCGCAUAUUCGUCUAUUUCCUAAUAUUCAAAUUAAUUUAACAAGGCAUAAGAGAUAUGUGGGUUAUUGGAAAGGCUCGGGUGAUGAAAAGGUCGGAUGGUAUUGUAAAAACAGUGGACUGUUAACACUCAGUUCUGUGAGAGUUUUUUGCAGAACAUGCAAUUGCUGCUGCUUCUUCAGAAACGUCACUUUAAGCCUUUGGUUUUACCUAAUGCGAUUCACAAAAUUUCCUAUAGAGAAGAGCAGUCAAGAGGACGAAAUCAUUCACAGGUUGGAAGUAAUGUUUUCAUAAUGCAGACACGAAUCACUGAUAAACGUAAACCACAGGUUGACGUGGAUGGACUUGAGCAAAAAAUGGCAUCACUCCAGAUUUCAGGAUGAAACGACGUUGAAGUGAACGAUGAAGUGUUUCGAAUUUGUUUUGCACAUUACAUAAGGACCAAAAGCGAAGCAGCAUUUGGGUUGCAGGUGUAGGGUUUCAACGGACCGUGGUGAGAAGUGCCUGAAGUGCAAAAGUGUCAGGAUAAACCUGUGGAUGUUGACAUUUAUGAGUGUUUCCUGUAUUAAUUAUGAACCCGUUAGUAUUCCUCACAAAUGUGUUUAUAGGUAAAGCCCUUUACAUGAAGUGAAAAAAGAACGAAUCUUUGAGAAGGUUAAACCAUACCCAGUUUUGAUAUGUAAACAGAAAAGGACUGGUCAAAAUGGUAGUUUACUUUUCUCUUUUUUUGUAUAUUGUAAAUAUGAAAUAAACGUAGACUGAUUGGAGUCUGAGAGAUAAAUCCAAACAACUCCCGACCUUGUAUUUAGAAACUUACCAUUGCGCUAUCCUCCAGUCCAAAGGUUGACACAAAAGAGGGUGCGUUCAAUCUUUAAACAUUAAUGCCAGAUUCAUACUCUACGCAAGUAUGCAAACGCUUGGCCAGUGUGUUGCAAGCACAUGGUCCCGUUGUAUAUAAACAUGCAUUCUUGAGUUGCUGUGGUGGUAACAGUCUUCGGGACUUAAGGGGGCUAUAGUUACUUUGCCAUGUUUGUAUUAAAAAAACAAA